AAUGACGCAAUGCUCAUUCGGAAUCUUGCUUUGACUCAGUAAGACGAUGGACGCGCUGUUGGCUCUAGUGGGCGGGGACUUCCGCGUGCUUCUGGGCGUUGCGCUCGUGGCAGGCACGACGAUCUUUAUGUUGCUGGCGAAUCUGAAGCCACGAGACUCGACGCCCGUGACGCUGCAGGCUCCCGCUAAGCCGGGGGACUUGCCCCCGACCGUACAUCUGCCACUAGUGGAGAAGCAGACGCUAUCACAUGACACGCGUCGCUUCCGCUUCGCUUUGCCAUCUCCGCAGCACAUCCUGGGACUUCCUGUGGGUCAGCACAUCUCUCUACGUUACACCGACAGCGAGGGCAAACUGGUGAUGCGCUCGUACACCCCAGUGAGCUCGGACGACACCAAGGGCUACGUGGAUCUGGUGAUUAAGGUUUACUUCAAGAACGUGCACCCAAAGUUCCCGGACGGUGGCAAGAUGAGCCAACACCUUGAGAGCUUGGCUAUUGGCGACACUAUUGAGGUGUCUGGCCCCAAGGGCAAGCUCACAUACGUGGGCAAGGGCGAGAUCCACAUCAAACACCGCGUGCGUGACGUGGUGCCCGAGGUCCGUAAAGCUGCUAAGAUCGGAAUGAUUGCUGGUGGCACCGGUAUUACCCCCAUGCUGCAAGUGAUUCGUCGAGCGCUGCAGGACCCCGAGGACAAGACGGAGUUCUACCUGCUUUUCGCCAAUCAGACCGAGGCCGAUAUUCUGUGCCGCGAGGAGAUCGAAGCGAUGGCUGCCAACCACUCCAACGUCAAGUUCUGGUACACUGUAGACAAGGCCACGGACGGCUGGAAGUACUCGACGGGUUUCGUGACGGCGGAUAUGAUCAAGAAGCACCUGCCUGCUGCGGCCCCGGAUGUCCAGAUCUUCAUGUGCGGACCUCCGCCGAUGCUUAAGUUCGCAGUGCUCCCGGCUCUGGAGGAACUGGGCUUCAAGCCGGACCACCACUUUAGCUUCUAAAAUGUACGUUUUAGGUGAGAUUUAUGAACGUGCAGGUAGGAAAUACACAAGUGUGCGAGACGUCGAGCUUUUAUUUCUUCUUGGAGGAUAUUAAGCGUUGUGUAGGUGGCCCUCGGGUUGAACUAUCGAUCUGGUUUGUAGUGUUACCGCUAAUACUUGGCCCAGCACUACCUUCCUCGUCCGAUG